AUGCCACGCAUAGCCAGUGCUAAGACGGAUAAGUCUGUGGUUACUCCGCGAAUCGGUGAAGGCCGAGAUUUACGCCGAGCCCCGACAGCCGACAGCUGCGACACCCGCCCCGGUCGGCGGCAAUAUGCGAUACCCGGUAUGAAGGAACAGGAACACCAACCCCACCCGGCUGCUGAAUCCUCCGCGAUGGCACGGUACCUGGUGCCCGCCUCCUCACUGGUUCGCAAGGUCAUCUUGACGCACCCGAUCGCAAGGAACCCUGGAGAAGACAUAAGAAGCCACUGCGGACUCGUCGCCUUCCAUCGUGCCCUGCCCUGCCCUGCCCUACCCCGCCAUGUCCCCGAUGUCCCCGAAUCAACCGAGCCGCGUCGGACCACGCGCCCACCUCAGCCGAACCGGCAGUCGGUUGCUGCCGACAACGGCCGGCGAGCGAACCCAUCCGACGAGACGAGGACAAGAUGA